AUGGAUGAACAUUAUGAUGUUAUUGUUUUAGGUACUGGUCUCAAGGAAUGUAUUAUUAGUGGUUUAUUAUCAGUUGAUGGUAAGAAAGUCCUCCAUAUGGAUAGAAAUGGAUAUUAUGGUGGUGAAUCAGCAUCAUUGAAUAUGAAUCAAUUAUGGGAGAAAUCACAUGGCAAAGAAAAGAAAGCACCAGAGACAUUAGGAUCAUCAAGAGACUACAAUGUUGAUUUAAUUCCAAAAUUCAUUCUCAGCAGUGGUCUUUUAGUUAAGAUGUUGUUACACACAGAUGUUACACGUUAUUUGGACUUCAAAGUUGUAGAUGGCUCAUAUGUCUACUCAUCAGGUAAGAUCAACAAGGUUCCAUCAACAGAUACAGAAGCCCUCACAUCAUCAUUGGUUGGUCUCUUGGACAAACUUCCAUUAAGAAAAUUCUUUAUCUUUGUUCAAAACUAUGAAGAAAACAAUCCAGCUACCCACGAUGGUUUGAACUUAAAAAUCACCACUAUGGAUGCCCUCUUCAAAAAGUAUGGUUUAAGAGAAAACAUCGUAGAUUUCAUUGGUCAUGCACUCGCUCUCUAUCUCGAUGAUAGCUACCUCCAACAACCAGCUCAUGAUACCAUCAUGAGAAUGAAACUCUAUGCUGACUCUUUAGCUCGUUACAGUAAAUCACCAUACAUUUAUCCAUUAUAUGGUUUAGGUGAAUUACCACAAGCAUUUGCCCGUUUAUCUGCUAUCUAUGGUGGUACAUAUAUGCUUAAUAAACCAAUUGAAAAUAUUGUUUUCGAUGAAGAAAAGAAAAUUAUUAAAGUUACAUCUGAAGGUGAAACUGUAACAUGUGAUAAAAUUGUUUGUGAUCCAUCAUAUUUCCCAAAUAAAGUUCAAAAGAAAGGUAAAAUUAUUCGUUCAAUUUGUAUUUUGAAUGGUCCAAUUCCAUCUGCUGAUAAGAAAUUUGAAUCACUCCAAAUCAUUAUCCCACAAAAACAAGUUAAACGUCAAUCAGAUAUGUACGUUGGUGUUAUGUCAUCCGCUCAUUGUGUCUGUCCAAAGGGUAAAUACAUUGCCAUCGUUUCAGCCACUGUUGAAACCAAUGAACCAGAGAAAGAAUUAGCACCAGCUUACGCUUUAUUAGGUCCAAUUCAAGAGAAAUUUGUCUAUAUUUCUGAUUUCAUUGAACCAAUUGCUGAUGGUACUGCCGACAAUGUUUUCAUCUCAAAAUCAUAUGAUGCUACCUCUCACUUUGAAACCACUUGUGAAGAUGUCAUGGAUAUGUACAAGAGAAUCACUGGUAAAGAUUUAGUUCUCACUGUUCAUCCAAAUAUUCUUAAACAACAAGAAGAAGCUGGUAACCAAGAACAAGAAGAACAAUAA